AUGGCCUCUCAAUCGCCGAGAAAAGUCUUUAUUGUGACAGGAGGCGCCUCAGGCAUCGGCCUCGGUAUAACACGCUAUCUCCUCACCCAACACCCAACCCUCACCCCAGCACAUAUAGCCAUCUUGGACAUCAAUACCUCAACAGGCACAACAAUCCUCUCCUCCUUACGCGAAGAAUACAAAUCCGCCUCUCCCAACACAACUAUUUCAUUCCAUCAAUGCGACGUUUCGUCAUGGGAAAGUCAAGCCGCGGCAUUCAAGGAGGUGUUUCAACAACAAGGGAGAGUGGAUUAUGUGGUUGCAAAUGCUGGGAUUACGGAAAAGGGGAAUUUGUUGCAGGUUGACGAGCGGGAGCCGGUGAAGCCGAGUUUGGCGACUUUGGAUGUUAAUUUGGUUGGUGUUAUAUAUUCUGUCAAACUCGCACUUCAUUACAUUCGCAAAAACGCAGGACCAACAAAGGGAGGAAUAAUUUGCACGGCGUCAAAUGCAGGACUCUAUGCGUUUCCCAUGGCACCAAUCUAUGCUACGACAAAACACGGCGUAGUCGGAUUUGUGCGUUCUCUUGCACGGCCGUUGGCUCUCGAGGGUAUUCAAAUUAAUGCAUUAGCGCCUGCUGUUAUUGAAACAAACAUCGCCUCAAGCCUCGACCUAUUCAAAAACAUGAUCAUAACACCCAUGUCAACAGUGACAAAAGCAGUGGAAAUACUAUUAACAACAAGCCCUAGCCCUAACCCGACAUCGACAAAGCCACUCCCCGAAACAACUAUAUUGACAGGUAAAAUCGCAGAAUGCCAUGAAGGGAAUGUUACGUUUGCCGAACAGCCGGCAUAUGUUGACGAGAAUACGGGAAAGAAUAUUGAAAUGUUUUGGAAUUUGGGAUAUGCUUGAUGAUACUGUUGUAAAGUGGGGUGUAUAAGUUAUUUAGUGCAGUUCAAUUGAAGUAAUGAGUCAUCGACCUGUG